AUGUCAAAUCUAGGUCCUCAUAGGGAAGGAUUUCGUGGAUUACCAAAUGCAGAUAAUGUGUAUGCAUAUACAACAACAGGCGAUCAAAGCAAACUUUUCGAACCAUCUGUAAUUUCAUUUAAUAAAGUUUCUGGCAAUAAUCCAACAGUUGUCAUCAAUCCUGAUUCAAAGUUCCAAACGAUCGAUGGAUUUGGAGCUGCUAUUACAGGUUCCACAGCAUAUAACUUAAAACAAAUGACUCAAGAAGCAAGAGACAAGUUCCUUAAAGAUACAUUCGAUCCAGACACAGGUAUGGGCUAUUCUUUCAUUCGUAUUUCUAUCGGUUGCUCAGACUUUUCUCUCAAAGAUUUCACAGAAUGUGAUAAAGAAGGAAUUGACAAUUUCGCUCUUGAUUCCGAAGAUACAGACAUUAUCAUCCCAAUUAUACAGCAAAUUCUCAAGAUUAACCCUUCU